UCUGUCUCUGUUUUGUUCCCGCUUCAUCUUGUUACCUGAUAUAUAUAAGUAUAUUAAGUCUAUCCUGUUGCUUAACGCAAAGCAUUUUUCAAAUCUUUAAUCUUUUUUUAUCUACCUAUCUAUUUUAUCUAUUUAUCUAUAGUAAAGAGAAGUUUGAAAAAUUAUUUAUCUUUUUCUUACUCGUAUUCGUCAUUUGGCAAUGUUGAGUUACAAAGGAGAUUCACAUAGGACUUUAAAAAAAUCUUAUUAAUAAUCAAACAGUCUCAAUUAACGUAACAUAUUGAUAUUGAUGAAAAACAUUAAAAUGGAUGAGUAUAUAUACUUACUUCUAAUGAAUUGCACUGUUGUAAGCAUUACAGCAGAAAUAUACUUGGAAAUAACAAAUGGAAGUAUACCUACUAUACAAAAUUAUGUCUUUGUUAUAUUGUUUUAUUUCAUAGUUUUGAAGAUUUUAACUAUUUUAUUUCAAUGUAUCCAUAGUAUGAAUAUUUUGGUCGUGAAAAACAGUGAUAUUAAAUUUAGUUUAAAUAUGUUGUUUUACAUUUCUUUAAUAUGUUUCAUUAUGCUAACCAUGACUAAAUAUUAUUAUAUUUAUAACUACAUACAAAUAUUUGGCGCAUUCACGUGUUUUAUAUGCUCUGGAAUUUCAUAUAUAUUAUUACUAAUCACAAACUCAUAUGAAAAGAGAAAAGAAAAUACUUUUGAUAUUGAGUCAAUGAAAGGUUUGGAUUAUGGAACCUCUAUGGCAUACAGUUAUUAUUAUGGAUAUUUAAGAAUAAUACUUCCUUCAACAGGAUCUAUUAACAAAGGUUUAAUUGAAAAGAUAGAAAAUAUUGAAGACAAUCAUGGUAUAUAUAUAAGUGUUCACAAACUAUUUAUUUUAAUUCCUUCAUCAUCAUACAUUCCACCUAAUCUUAAAGAAGCUUCAUAUCAUUGGAUGGAAAGUGCAAUGAAUUUAGAGAAGGAAGUGUUGAAUCGAGCAGGAGUUAAAGGGCGAACAUAUCACAACAGUGUAUACAAAAUUUAUCCCAAUGGUCUAAGAUUAGAGACACCUUUCUACAUAGUGGUAGAAGGUGCAACACCUUUGUUAACUUUCCAUGAAGUUCAAAAACAUGCUCACAAUGAAACAAAUGUUUAUAAGAAAUACUGCAAAUGUAUCAUACAGAAAUUUUAUAAAAAAUUAAAACAGUUAAUAGAUGCUGAUCCAGAAUGUGCAGAUCUUUGUGAACUAAUUUAUUACAACGAUUAUGACAAUAAUGGAACAAAAGUCAAUGUGGCGAAAGUUAUUUUAGACAGAAUAUUCAAAAUUCAAAACAUAACUGGAGAAAAUGCAUACAAUAUAUUUACCUGAAUUUUAACGCACUUUAAUGGCAUAAAAUAUACAUUAUUAAGCUAUGUUAAUGUGAUAUAACAAUAUAAUAGUUAUACAAAUAUUGGCUAAUCUUUGACAAAUAUAUAAUAUAUAUUCGUUUUAACUCUUUAAUAAAUGAAAAUGUAAUAUUUUAUACGAAAUUAUUUUAUAUGAAAGAAACAAAUGUAUAUUUAAAUACAUAGAAUUUUAUAUAUUGAUAUUUAAUAUAAUUUAUAACUUAUAAUUAAAUCUUCAUGAUGAUUAAAUCUGUUAAACAUUUUGAAUUUCUAAAAUAUCAUUUUCAUAGGAAAAGAAAAAUAUAUAUUCGAUUUUCUUUACUUUUAUCAAAUUUUCCAUAUUCCUUUUAUAAAAUAAAUUGUUAUGUUGUAUGUAUAUGUUAUAUAAAAUAAAUGUUAAAGAUUGAAAAUUUUU